CCAAAACCAAAACCAAAACCCACUGCUAAACCCUCGUAACGAAUAAUUCAUUCAUCACCACCCCUUAAUAUAUAUUUAGCAACCUCAAAACCUCUUCAACCUCACCGAUCACUGAUCAUUCUCUCUCUUCCUUCCUAUCUAGCUACUCAAAUUUCCCAAUUACUCCCUCUCUGUUUCUUUACAACCCAUUUUCUCAGAUGGAAGCUGCGAAUCAAUUGGGUUCAACUGCUCAUCCCAGCGUGGCCCCGCCCGCCGUGCCGGGAAACGCAACUCCGGGCACCUUAGGCCGUCAUCUAGCUCGCCGGCUAGUCGAGAUCGGAGUCAGCGACGUGUUCUCUGUUCCUGGGGACUUCAAUCUGACGCUACUCGACCAUCUGAUAGCCGAGCCGGAGCUCAAUCUCGUCGGCUGCUGCAACGAGCUCAAUGCUGGCUACGCCGCCGACGGGUACGCCCGAGCUAAAGGAGUUGGCGCCUGCGUUGUCACGUUCACCGUCGGCGGUCUCAGCGUGCUGAAUGCUAUAGCCGGUGCUUAUAGUGAGAAUUUGCCAGUCAUCUGCAUCGUCGGCGGGCCCAAUUCCAACGAUUACGGGACUAAUCGGGUUCUGCAUCACACGAUCGGGUUGCCCGAUUUCAGCCAGGAGCUCCGGUGCUUUCAAACCGUCACCUGCUACCAAGCAGUGGUGAACAACUUGGACGAUGCACAUGAACAAAUCGACACUGCUAUUUCGACUGCAUUGAAGGAAAGCAAGCCAGUCUACAUAAGCAUAAGCUGCAAUUUGCCCGCAAUUCCGCAUCCUACUUUCAUCAGGGAUCCAGUGCCAUUCUUCAUUUCCCCUGUUGUAAGCAAUCAAUUAGGGUUGGAAGCAGCUGUUGAAGCAGCGGCAGAGUUUUUGAACAAAGCUGUGAAGCCUGUAAUCGUCGGCGGACCAAAGUUAAGGGUGUCGAAGGCACAAAAGGCAUUCGUGGAACUUGCUGAUGCUAGUGGGUAUGCAGUAUCUGUAAUGCCUUCGGGUAAAGGGCUAGUGCCAGAGCACCUUCCAAAUUUCAUUGGAACCUACUGGGGUGCUGUUAGUACCAGCUUCUGCGGGGAGAUUGUGGAAUCUGCUGAUGCUUAUGUGUUCGUUGGUCCGAUAUUCAACGACUACAGCUCCGUGGGUUACUCUUUGUUGAUCAAGAAGGAGAAGGCAAUCAUAGUACAGCCCAAUCGUGUGACGAUUGGGAAUGGGCCCUCAUUUGGAUGGGUUUUCAUGACCGAUUUCCUGACUGCUUUGGCUAAGAAACUCAAGAAGAACACCGCUGCUGUUGAGAACCACAGGCGUAUAUUUGUUCCCCCUGGGAUGCCUCUUAAGUGCGCUAAUGACGAGCCUCUUAAGGUCAAUGUCAUGUUCAAACACAUUCAGGAGAUGCUAAGUGGGAACUCUGCUGUGAUUGCUGAAACUGGAGACUCAUGGUUCAAUUGUCAGAAACUCCGUCUCCCUGAGAAUUGCGGCUAUGAAUUCCAGAUGCAAUAUGGAUCAAUUGGCUGGUCAGUUGGUGCCACUCUUGGAUAUGCUCAAGCAGCCAAAGACAAGCGACUCAUCGCUUGCAUAGGAGAUGGGAGCUUCCAGGUGACAGCUCAAGAUAUUUCGACAAUGAUCCGAUGUGGGCAGAGGACUAUCAUAUUCCUGAUCAACAAUGGAGGCUAUACAAUUGAGGUGGAGAUCCAUGAUGGUCCGUACAACGUGAUCAAGAACUGGAACUACACUGCUUUCGUGAAUGCCAUUCAUAAUGGUGAAGGCAAAUGCUGGACUUCCAAGGUGCGCACAGAGCAUGAGCUGGUGGAAGCCAUUGCAAAGGCAACGAGUGAGCACAAGGAUUCACUGUGUUUCAUUGAGGCAGUGGUGCACAAGGAUGAUACGAGCAAAGAGCUUUUGGAAUGGGGAUCUCGAGUUGCUUCUGCAAACAGCCGGCCCCCAAAUCCGCAGUAGAUUUGGACUACUUGUGUGACUUGAAUUUGAGUGUGUUACCAGAACUUUACUUGUAUUGCACCGUCACUUUUGUACAUCAGAGUUAAACUUAAUCUGUUCUUUCCCCGCCGUUUGCUCAUAUGGAUGAUGAAACGAGCUUAAUGUUUGUUGAGACGUUAUAAUGUUGAUUGCAAAGGCAUAUUUGUGAGCUAAAUGCCUUAUGAAUUGGAUCAGAUGCUAAGACUCAAAUGUGCGUUUCUACAUCGAUUUGAUUUGAUCAAUUGGCCAAGCCACCCCGUUCAUUUUAGCGCC